GCGAUAGCAAAGCGUUGUUGUUGUAGAGUCUAUUUAAACUUUAUUUUAAGAAGUAUUACUCAGGCUUUUUGGUAGUAAUAACUUUAUUUCACUAUGCAUCAUGGUAAAGUAAAAGAGCGCGUUGCAAGAAAGUCAUUAUCGUUGAAAAAAACAAAAAAUAAGGUAAUAAAAACAUGAAGUUUUGAAACUUUUGCUCUGAAAUUUUAAAAUUAUUACAGACGCAAAGCAUGAAAAACGUUUAUGACUUCUUAAGAUACUGCGUUUUCAUGUGUAUAUGUACUAUCUAUUACAUACAGUAUAUUUUAAUACAUAACUUUAUAUAAAUGUCAUAACUUUAUAUUGUGUCAUUUCUCUCUAUUUGCUGAAUUGGAAUGGACACGACUGCCCGCACCCCACCUAUUGAGGGGUUUGAAUAUUCAAUAGGGGAGGAGGUGUAUUUCAUUAAAAAAAUUUCCAAAAAAAUCUCAUGCCAAUAUACCAAUGACUUUGAAUAGUCUCACGCCAAUACAGAGGGCCCCCUAUACCUCUUCACAAUAUGCUUUCACGUAAAAAUAUUUUGCCUUUUCACGAGUCACAGAUUAAGAAAAUCAUCGAUCAGGUUUCACGGCUAAGUAAAAUAAGCCCUUCACGCUUCACGCAAAAAGUAUAGGGGGCCUGAUCACGUUUCACGGCUAAGUAAAACAAGCCCUUCACGCAAAAAGUAUAGGGGGCCCUCAAUACACCAACAACUUUGAGUCAUCUCAUGACAAUACACCCACGCCCGAUUAUUGACCUGUUGGCAAAAUCUGCAUGCUCAUUCAUUACCCAUUUUGUAACAAUUUCAAUACCACAGCAUUGAUCAUGCCACAACAUGUCAACACCACACCCAUUUUGUUUGCAAAAGUAAAGCUUGCACCCCCCUCCCCCCCUGGUACAAUGCUUGUAUAGCCCUCCCCCUCUUUGCCAUUUUUGGUUCAAAUAAAAAUCUGUAAUUGUUUAAUUAAAAUCUGACUGUUUUCUGAUAGGGAUGUUGCUAUGCACAUCACCACAACUUGCAUUAACAUGUUCCAUUUGUCAAUUGAAUUGUGUAUUGUUUUAGGAAAUUGGGAAAACUGGGUUAACUGCAGACAUUUCAAAAUAUUUUCAGAAGGUAACUGUAUAGCACAUAUACAAUAUGACUCAUGACUGCCUACUAUUUAUUAUGCAAUAUUUGGAUUUCAGGAAACAUCCACACAUCCCCCACAGAGAAAAUUGAAAGUUAACCCCCUACCCCUUUCGGAUGUCCUAACAACUUAUUAUUAUCCAAAACAAAUGUUUCUCCCUUUCCCCUCCGGGCGGCAGAAAUUUCGUCCGUGGUUGGAGUGUGGAUCUUUUCUGGAAUAACACACAUUUUAUAGUUUACUCAAUACACUCAACAAACUACACAUUUCAAGAAAUUGAAUAGUAAAUCUAAUGCUUGCUUUCAAUUUUAGACAACGUCACCUGAUGAUGCAAAAGACAAAAUCCCAGUAUCAUCUUCCAGAGAGCAGGGAGCACAACCUGUUGCAAAAAAACAACGAAAUGACUUGUCUUCCUCACAAAACGAUUGCUCUAAUGAUCAAACUUCAAAAAAAAUAAAUGGAUGCCUUGAUAUCAGUGAAGAUUUUGAUUCUAACAAAAUUUCUCACGCUGAUUGUAACAUUAAAAAUCCACUCCCAAAAAAUGGCGUUCUUUCUACUUCUUUUAAAUCUAUAAAAACGACAGUCCAAGUAACAUCGAACAAUUCACAUUUUAAUAGCAAUAAUACUUGUGCUGGUAAAAUUCAACUUCAAAGCCCAGAUUUUGCCAAUAGCCUUGGUUCAUCAGAAACACAACUUUCAGAUCAGUCUGAAAAUGACAUUCAAACUUCACUGAUAACCAAUGAUGUAAAUUCAUCAGAAACAUUGUUGUCAAAACAUUGCAUGGAUAUGUCAGAUGAUUUGAUUAUUCCACCGACUCCAUCGCCUGUUGACAAUUCCAAAAACACAAGUAGAAUUUCAAUAUCUGUUAAUAAGAAUGAAAGAACAAAAACCUCUGGUUAUUUUUCCAAUAAAGAACCAAGAAACUACAAACACAUUAAAAAAACCAGCAUUUCUUCUUUAAGUAGAAAUCUAGAUCGCUCUAAGCUCGUUCCAAAGAAGACACAACGUUCAAUGAACGAUCAAAGUUUGCAUAUUUCUGAAUUGGUUAAAGAGAAAUUAACUAACAAAAGUGAUUUUAAAGAUAGUAACGAUUAUAAAAUGGACGAAGAUUUGAUUAGCUUUUCUGGUAAUAAUAAGAUAAACGCGAAUGGCAAAGACGACGAGGUAGAUGGUGGAACAUCUAUAAGAAGUUCUUCGAUGAAACUAUCAAGAAAAACAUUCAAGCUGUCUAGAAAAGGGAAAAAAACCGAGACGAGAAAGCCGUGUUUAAGUAACAAGAAGUUAGAACCUGUUGGAUGUGACAAUGAUAUAUUGUCAGCUUAUGGCGUCCAGGGGAAUAUAGCUGGUAACGGUCUGGUCAGGGAUGAUCAGAAUGGUGAUGGGAAUGAUGAUUUUAGGAGCAAAGAAUCUCGACCACAGGUAAGGAUCAGUUCUGUAAAAGUUAUUUGUAGUGCAAUGGAAUAAAACGUAUAGUACAAUUGCACUGGAGUGCAAUGGAAUAAAACGUAUAGUACAAUUGCACUCUUUGUGUUUUUGAUAAAUCGCAUCCCUCAAAAUGCUUCUCAUACGAAUCUAUUAGUCUGUUCUGGACUUUUGGUAUUAUAUAAAACAAAUAAUGAAUGUUUCUUCGUGCAAUGGUAAGAAUAUUUUCAUUCGGUGAAAGAUGGAAUGUUCCAUUCAACUCGGCUGUCGCCUCGUUGAAUGGAACAUUCCAUCUUUCACCUCAUGAAAAUAUUCUUACCAUUGCACUCAUAAACAUUCAUUAUUUGUAUACUAUAUUUUAACGGGAAAUUUAAUGCAAACUAAACGACUUGGUUAGAGAAGUAACGCGUUAUCGUUCCACGUAGCUAGUUACAGUUACCUCUUCAAAACGUAACUAGAGUUACCGUUGCAGUUGCUUAAUUAAAAAGUAACGAUUGCUUGUAAUUUCAUUUCUUGUAAUGAAGUUACUUACGACACUGAUAAGAAGCAUGCGUCAUUUGCAUCAAUAUGAAUUAUAUAUUUCUAUAAAAUUCGUUUCAAAAUUUUAGUUCAAGACAAGAAGAAAGCUCUCUCUUGACCGAAACAACGAUUUGAAACUCGCCAAUAACAGCGUCCAGGAAAAACGAACAGAAACAACAGAUUGCAAACAACACUCAAAAUCUUGCAAUGCUCAAGACAAUAUGCCUCUUCAAGACAAUAUGGCUGACCUGGAGAAAGAGUUAGCUCAACCGGCUGGGAAAAAUUUUCAAGAAAUGUUAGAUCUUUCAUUAAACGGCGACGUGAUGUGUCAACUGGUGGAUGAUGUUUCAUGGUCUCCUAUGGAUAUCAAGACGUCUAACAGACGACAUGCAGUCGUGUCACCUGCCAAGCAGUAUGUUAGGAGUAAAUCUACUGAACUGAACACCUUGGCUGGUAAUAUCGCUGUUCAGGAGACUGAAGCGAGUCAUCGGAAUAAAGGUUUGUUUCAUUACCUCCGCCAGGACGUUAAUAAGGAUCCUUAGUGGACCUCUAGGGAGAACAGUUUAGAACUGAUAUAGCUAUCCAGUAUAAAUAAAGUUAGUUUAGUUUAGGUUUCCUCCUGUAGUAACACUGGAUCAAUAAGAGAUGAUCCUUACUGGACCUCCAGGAAGAACAGUUUAGAACUGAUAGAGCUAUCCAGUAUAAAUAAAGUUAGAUUUCCUCCUGUAGUAACACUGGAUCAAUAAGAGAUGAUCCUUAGUGGACCUCUAGGGAGAACAGUUUAGAACUGAUAUAGCUAUCCAGUAUAAAUAAAGUUAGUUUAGUUUAGGUUUCCUCCUGUAGUAACACUGGAUCAAUAAGAGUUGAUCCUUAGGCUUAGUGGACCUCUAGGGAGAACAGUUUAGAACUGAUAGUGCUAUCCAGCAUAAAUAAAGUUUAGUUUAGUUUAGGUUUCCCCUGUGCUCUGUAGCAACACAGUUAACACUGGGUCAAUAAGAGAUGAUCCUUACUGGACCUCUAGGAAGAACAGUUUAGAACUGAUAGAGCUAUCCAGUAUAAAUAAAGUUUAGUUUGGUUCAGGUUUCCCCCAGUAGCAACGCUGGGCCAAGAAGGGAUAAUGCUUACUGGACUAUCAUAGUCAAUCUAGGUAACUUGGCAAACAUCAAAGUCUCGGAAGAAAGAGCUACGAUUUUACGUUGAGAUGGCUUAAUUUUUCAGAUUCACCAGACCAAGGCUACAGACGAUAUCUUGUGUUGGAAGUAUAUCGGCGAGAAAUUCUAGAUAACGUGGCUGCAAGGAAUGCUGGGAUUGAGAAAGUUCUCAGAUUGUUUGACGAGUCUGAUAAUUCUGAGAAAUAUUGUCAGCUGAGAGGGGACUGGGAACGAACAGAAGUUGAACAUGGUGAUAUUGUGAAUAUCAUUGGUGAGGCAAUUGUUUACCCGGCUUUUUUUUCUGUUAUUUCCUGGCAAUUAUAUCUUCUAUCUCUUAUUCUCACAGGACUCAAAAUAGCGUUUCAUGUUACGCCGGUCAUGGUGACCGAUCCGUUCCAAUUGUGACCGGGCAAAUGCGAUUUCUGACCCGUCAACGCCCACGAGAGCCCAAGAAUACUCGCCUCCCUGCAACGCAUUGCUCACUCAACGUAUUAAGCAACAAUCAAAUUUCAGCUCCCGGCGCUCUUAACUUCAAUUGUGACUGUAAUUAUAACACAAUUUAAGUUUUGAAUAUACGAAGAAAAUCCUUACAUAAUAUUUAACAAGUCGACAACAGCACAAAAGUAAAUCUCGUUCCCAGAACCAUAAUGUGGUCGUCACCUUGUCACCAUGACCGGCGUCACACAAAUUUGACCCGUCAUAUUAAUAAUUUGGCCGAUCUGUUCUCAUUUAAUUUUCCUUUCCAGGCAAGCAAUCUGAGUCGGGUUCUUACGCCUUGAAUAAUGAUGAAGAGAACUACAUUGUCGUCUAUCCAGACAUGCUCGUAACUCCUACGUCGAUAUCGACGUCAACAAAAUGUUUGCGACGAAGUAUUUUAGAUAAAUAUUUCAAGACUGAAGGACCGAAUCAGGUGAUGUUCCUGGGAACUUUACUUCAUCGCGUCUUUGAAGCUUCCUUAAUGGCCAAAGGUAAUAGGCAAUUACAGCUAUAGACUAACUUUUGAUCUAGGCAAGAAGAACAAAAUCCAUCACCACAGCUAGAAAGAGCAUGUUCAAAUUAAUAAAAUUGCAAAGUUUGGCGGCGAAAUGUUGUAAAAUGAUGAAAAUAUAGCGCUACGAAAUUUGCAAAUUUUGUAUUAAUUUGUAUUAAGCACGGGGGCCAAACUUUGCAAUUUUACUAAUUUUAACAUGCUCUUUCUAGAUGUGGUGAUGGAUUUUGUUCUUCUUCCCUAGAUCAAAAUUUAGCCUAUAGCUCGAAUCAGCUUUUCAUAGACUAUUUUAUCUUUACAACAAUUGUGAUAUUACUUUCUUAACUGUGUUUAUCCUAACCCACCCUGUCAACUUUCCCUGUGGGAGGAAACCCGAGCACCCGAAGAAAACCCACGACUUUCGGUAGAGCGUUGACUGACUCUUUUCACAUGAGUCCGCGUUGCGAGAAUCAAACCCACGAACUCAGAGGAGAAAGGCGCUUUCUCUGACAACUCCGCCACCGAAGCCCCAUUGCAAUGUGAUACUUCAUUCUAAAAUAUUGAUCUCUGUUACCUUGUAGAUUUUUCUGACAAGUUUGUUCUCAGUCACGCCACACAGUUGCUACAGCAACCGUCUAAUCUGACCGAACUCUAUGGUCUGGGCAUCUCGGAGGACGAAGUCUUGACGAAAGUUUCCGAAUAUACGCCGUUCCUUGCCGAAUGGGGUGCGAAAUAUUUCAGCGCUGAACCCCAUCCUAUUCAUGGCGUGAUAGAUUUCAAAGAUGGCAGGGUAUCGCAGAGUAUGGGUGAUAGUCAGGUGGCUUUGUGCGUGUCACAGGUGCUUGACAUCGAGGAGUGUGUAUGGUCGCCUAAAUUUGGACUCAAAGGUAAAGAUUUAUUUUAACGAAGCCAAAAAAAAUAUGUGGGUUUCCGGUUUCCCGACCCUACCUAGCUUUUCGACGCCAAAAUCCCGACCCUAAACUUUUUAUUGGAUCAUGCUUGUAAGUGUUUCCACUUAGAGAAAAACGUUUGAGGAAAAUGGAAAUUUGAGCCAAUAUUCGGGAAAUUUAUCUUUGGAUGUGGAAGCACUGACUAAACAAAAUGGCGUCCGCUUGUUAGGAAAAUUUAAAAAAAAAGUUUAAAAAAACAACUUGAAAGUUAAAAGCGACCUACCCUACCUACGUUUUUACAAGAAGAAAUAGGAAACCCACAUAUUUUUUUUGCCUGACUAUAUAGUAUCCCCACCUAGCUGCCUACCUACCCACCUACCUACCUACACCCACUCACACCCACCCACCUAUCUCCAACCUACCUAACCUACCUAACAAGUAUACUACCAACACUGAACCCCACAUAUCUGAUUCUUAGGGCUGUUUCAAACGUCGCGCUUCUCAUGUGCCAAACGCAUUAAGAACAAUAGAUAAUCAGCUGAAAUUCCUCAUCCAUUGUUUCUAAUGCGUUCGGCACACGAAAAGCGCGACGUUUGAAACAGGCCUUAUUUGAUUCGCUUUUCUCAUUCUUUUCCUUCUUACAUACAGGUCAGAUAGAUUCAUCUGUUGAGGUGAAAAUUAAUAGAAAUCCUAACAUCUUGAAAAGAAAUCCAUCUCUCAAUCAAACCUGCGUCUUGCCUUUGGAAUUGAAGACUGGGAAAUGUUACACCAAGCUAGGUAUCAUGUCAUUGUGUAUUUACCCAUACACCGUACAUUGGCGUCAACGUAGUAUUUAUACAUGAACUUGUGGUUAGAGCUAGACAACUGUCUCUCUGUGGCUUACCUGGUUAGAGCGCAGUACCGGAAUCGCAGGGCCGCAGGUUCAAUUCCUGCCAGAGGACCUGCUCCUGGUUAGGACUUAAUAAAUAAUUCACACCCGGCAUUCUCAUCGACAAAACUUUUCAACAACUUGUAUCAUGAUGAGCCUCUGCCUCGGAUGAAUUGUGCAACCACACCCUGUGUGCUCGACAUUAAAUACCGGGUGUCCCCAAAAAAACUGUACACGGUUUGAUUCCGUGUAACGUAAACGCUAUAAAAGCUAUCGCAAUGAAAUACAGAUCAUUGCAUUCAGAAAGGACUAACUUAGAUUUUGAUAUAUAACAUUUGAAUUUACAUGCAAUAUUGACUGCGCUAUUGAUGUUUAAAAGUUGAACUACUGUUUUUGAAAAUGCCAAAAAUUUGCAUGAAACAACGUUAUAAUUACCGAUGUAGUUAUACUUAAUAUAUAUUAAAUAAUAAAGAUUUUUAUUUUGGUUGUAUAUCUCGCUCAAUAUUGCAUGUAAAUUCAAGUGUUAUAUAUCAAAAUCUAAGUUAGUCCUUUCUGAAUGCAAUGAUCCUUAUUUCAUCGCGAUAGCUUUUAUAACGUUUACGUUACAUGAAAUCAAGCAGUGUCCAGUGUUUUGGACACCCUGUAGAUUACUCUUACUAUUAAUAUUCGCAUCGUUUAGGUUCCGUAGAACACCGCGCUCAAGUGAUUCUCUAUAGUUUAAUGAUGAUGGAACGAUAUGACAGCACGUUAGACACAGGCUUAUUGCUUUACCUAAAGACAGGACACAUGCUGGGCGUGCCUGCAUACAGACACGAGAAACGUGCCUUAGUUAUGAAGAGAAAUGAAUUGAUAAGAUAUUUGUCUCACACCGGUACAAGAAUGCCAGGUAGGUUAUAUCGCCUCUAAGGCUUAGGAAGGCGUAGGACGUAUUCUUUAUAUCAGCAAAAUAUAUUAUCUAACCCAUUAAGCUGCAAUGCACCCCAAUGACACUAACUUUAUUUAUACUGGCUAGCUGGCUAUCAGUUCUAAACUGCUCUUCCUAGAGGUCCAGUAAGGAUCAUACAUAAACUAAACUAACUUUAUUUAUACUGGAUAGCUCUAUCAGUUCUAAACUGGUCUUCCCAGAGGUCCAGUAAGGAUCAUCUCUUAUUGAUCCAGUGUUACUACAGGAGGAAACCUAAACUAAACUAACUUUAUUUAUACUGAAUAGCUCUAUCAGUUCUAAACUGUUCUCUCUAGAGGUCCAGAAUUAGUCUCGGAAAUAGAUAAGACACGCCCGGUAACCACUGUCACCAGAAGGUUUUACUUUUCAAAGCUACUUACAAGGCAAUGAUACAACAAAUUUCAUUAUUUUAGGUAUGCUUCAGGAUGAAUACAGCUGCAAAUAUUGCCCUCAGCUGAACGUUUGCACAAUGUAUCAUAAAAGUGUCGAGAAAGGAGACAACAAAAGCGCGAGAAUGGGAAAUCUUUUUGAUAAAUCAACAAGCCAUCUCUCUGCUGUACAUCUCAAAUAUUUCUCACAGUGGAAUGAACUGAUUGCGCUCGAGUAUAAAGCUAUGCAGGUAUUCUUGAACUGUCUGUCCAAGUGUAGGUAGUGAUGAUACGAAGACAGCUAGCGGAUCAAGGCCGGAUUUUGGUGGAAAUAGUGAGGGAGCUGGAAAAAAUUUAGGGGAGGUGCAGCGGUUUAAGGCUUAGAAUAGAGACCUUACGAUUUUAGGACGGCAACGCGACGGCCAAAACAAACUCCUUCAAGUAAAUGGUAGUAAAGAUAGUUUGUGGUAUAUUAUCAAUCGUAUGAAUUUAAUACAGUUUUAGAAGUUGAAGACAUGGGUUUGAUGGUUGGGAAGAGUUCUGCUAAACCCAGUUUGAAGUUGCACUUGUUGUGGCUUGGAAUGCAGCCGUUGUAUGAAGACGUGAAAAUCUGUGAUUUGGCGUUGUAAACAGAGCGAGGACAAUGUCUAAAUUAUUCAUAUAUUGUAAUUACUCAAUUCUUUUCAAUGAUCUAUUGUAUUGGUAGCCGUUGCCGUCCUAAAAUCGUAAGGUCUCUAAUGGGCCAAAGUCAAUGACGUGUCGUAUGCAUGUAGUGUACAUAUGUAUCGGUGUAUUAAUGAAUUAUGACUGUACAACUUAUCCAAUUUUGCCCUUCAUUCCAAAUUUACAAUUACUACAAAGUUUCUUUCAAAUCAUUACAUUAAAAGGGUACUUGACACAGAGAGGAAUGGCUAUCACUGUUUCAAUUUUACAGAAAAACUUUCACUUACGAAAUGCAGACCCUAAGCAACCAUCAACCAUAAGAAUGUUACAAGGUUGACGACACAAGGUUGUAACAAUAUUGUUAUAUCAUGACUGUAUCGGACCUGUUGUAACAACCUUGCAACAAGUCUGAUAAUAUCAACAAGGUUGUUACAAGUUGUUAACAGCUUGUUCCAAACUUGUUGACAACUUGGGACAAGCAGUGCGAACACAACUUGUUGACGGUUUGUUGGCAGACUUGCUACAAGAUGCGAUAUUUCUAGGUGUGUAGCUUGUUUUACUUCAAUUCACUGAUACAGUAUAUCUUAAAGACUUCAAAAGGACAAAAGAUAUGAAUGUGUAAAUAUAUGAUUGAAAAUAACUUUGAUCAUAUCUUCAUUCUUUUAGGAGAAUGCCAGUGAUCGCGAUAUCUGGUGUCUAAGCGGGACAGAGCGGGAACAAUUAGGAUAUUGUUUUAGUAAGAUGUUUCUGAUGUCGUGCAGUGCCUCUGAGGAGCCAGGUCGUUAUUUAAACAACUUCAGAAAAGACGGCACGAACUCAUCUACAGUUUUUGCGGCCGACAUGCAUUUGGUCAAAGGAGAUUAUAUUGUAGUCAGUCAACAAGAUGGCGUCAUGGCUUUAGCAACAGGUAUUUUUCUAUGGACAAUUAGUUGCCGUGGUUUGUAUCUGAACUAAAUUUAGCUGAAAAAGAUAUCUCAGACGUGGUGGUCCAGUGUAGGUAGUAUUCUUUAAUAAGCUGUCGUGGUUUGUGUCUGAACUGCCUGAAAAAGAUAUUUCAAACAUGGUGGUCUAGUUUAGGUAGUAUUCUACAAUUAGCUGAUGUGUCUUGUGUCUGAACUACCUGAAAAAGAUAUCUCAAACAUGGUGGUCUAGUUUAGGUUGUAUUCUACAAUAAGGUUGUAUUCUAAAAUAUUGAAAACACUCAUAUAUGAAUCGCGUAUUUUUACAGGUUUUCUCAAGGAAAUUUCUGAAGAAUGUAUUUCAGUGUUGCUCGACAAAGAUCUAACUCAGUGGUAGGUUGGAAGAUGAACGUAUUCUGAAUAUGGAGAACCAAUGCAUUAACUCAUUUGGAGGAUGAACGUACUCUCAACGUGAAGAACUAAUGCAUUAAGUCAUUUGAUUGCUUAAAGGCCAUGUUUUCUUGCAACUUGCAAUGCAAUUCUACUCUUGAGAGAUGUAAAGUUACCAAAUGCGAGUCUUCAUUGCACUCCGCUGAUGUUUUCUCAACAUAUCGAAAAUUCUUCACUGAUUUCACAAGAGUAGAAUUGCAUUGCAAAUUGCAAGAAAAAUUGCACCGUGUAACAUGGCCUUAAGACAAUUCUAUUCUUUAGUUACCACCACAGAAAUUGCUGUAAAAGCCAAGCUCCGCUAUAUCGUCUAGACAAAGCAGAAAUCUCCACUGGUGCUACAAUACAGUGGUCCAACCUUGCUAAGUUGUUCUUUGCUGAUAGUGAAGAACACGAGAAACUCCGCCGUCUCAUUGUCGAUCUCGAAUCACCAAGAUUUUCCCGAGAAAAUGAAGUGGUGUCUAGUAUUUCAUCAAGUCAGGUUUCUGGGGCUUGGAGUAGUCAGUUGUCCUCAUGGUAAGGUCGCAAGGAUAGGAACCGAACAACAACAACAACAACAACAGCAACAACAACAGCGGCAGCAACAACAGCAACAGCAACAGCAACAACAACAGCAACAACAACAACAACAACAGCAGCAGCAACAGCAACAACAACAACAACAACAACAACAACAACAACAACAACAACAACAACAGCAGCAACAGCAGCAACAGCAACAACAACAGCAGCAACAACAACUAACACAAACUUGAACAAAUACUCAACCAAACAAAUAUAUUUCCGGAUUUUUACCACAAUCAUUAACUAGCACUCUCUCAGUAUUAUCAAUGCUUUAAUUAUCCUCGAUUGUAGUUCAAUGACAUCGCCAAUAAAAUCAAGUCAAGACAACAGCGAGCUCACCCAAAUCUUGCAAGAUUUGAACUGUGAUCAAAGAAAAGCAAUAAGAAAAGUCCUAACAGCUCAAGACUAUGCUUUGAUAUUAGGCUGCCCUGGAGCAGGAAAAACUCAUACAAUUGCUUGUUUAGUGAGAGCUCUUGUCUCGCUUGGAAAGUCUGUCUUACUCACGAGUUACACUCAUUCCGCUGUCGAUAAUAUUCUGCUGAAACUCAAGCAGGUACAGUAUGAUUUCCUGUUAUGAGAAUGGCUCUCAUAGAGCUAUCCAUUAUAAAUAAAGUUAGUUUAAUUUAGGUUUCCUCCUGUAGUAACAUUGGAUCAAUAAAAGAUGAUCGUUACUGGACCUCUAGGAAGAAUAGUUUAGAACUAAUAGAGCUAUACAGCAUAAAUAAAGUUAAUUUAGUGUAGGUUUCCCCCUACAGUAACACUGGACCAAUAAAAGAUGAUCCUUACUGGACCUCUAGAGAGAACAGUUUAGAACCGAUAGAGCUAUCCGGCCGUAUAUAAUUAGUUUAGGUAGUUCAAUGGAUAAUACAAGAAUCCAGUUCAUCUUUCUAUAUUGUGUUAUAUUUUUACAGAAUCAAGUGGAUUUCUUGCGACUUGGUUCAGUGCAGAAAAUUCAUCCCGAUAUUCAAUCAUACGCGGUUUCUAAUGCAGCAAAACAUAUCACGACCGUCAAGGAAUUGAAGUGUUUUUAUGAGUCGAAGGUAAGAACAUUCUCAUAUAUGCAUUGGUUGAGUUUUCAUUCGAUGGUCCAGUACUUGUAUCUUUCACCUUUGUCUCUGGGUUUCAAUGCCUGCAGUGUGAGAGGAUUUAGUAUACGAAAAGAGUGUUUCCAGUUUAGGAGUAUCUCAACCCACCCUGUCAACAUUCCCUAGCUGUGUGAGGACAGGAAACCGGAGAAAACCCACGACUUUCGGUAGAGUGUUGACUGCCUCUUCACAUAUAGGUGUCACCUGUCAGCAGCGAGAAUCUAAACCACGAUCUCAGACGCUUGGGUCUCUAAAAAUGAAAAGCUUUGAAUCUCCACGUAUCGUUUUCUAUUUUCAGUUCAUCGUCGCUACAACAUGUCUUGGUGUGAACCACACUCUUUUCAAUCAAAGAUCAUUUGACUAUUGUAUCGUGGACGAAGCUUCACAAAUCACACAGCCUGUGUGCGUCGGUUCCUUGAGACAUGCCUCGAUCUUCGUUCUUGUUGGAGACCACUAUCAACUGCCACCCUUGGUUCAGAGCCAUAAAGCGAGGUAGGAAGGGGGAAAUUUUAAGUCCCUUAUCACGUCCAUUUUUUAUUUGGAAAGGCAAUAUGAACUUGCUGUUAGUUUAGUUUAGGUUUCCUCCUGUAGUAAUACUGGAUCAAUAAGAGAUGAUCUUUACUGGACCUCUAGGAAGAACAGUUUAGAACUGAUAGAGCUAUCCAGUAUAAAUAAAGUUUAAUUUAGGUUUCCUCCUGUAGUAACACUGGAUCAAUAAGAGAUGAUCCUUACUGGACCUCUAGGAAGAACAGUUUAGAACUGAUAGAGCUAGCCAGUAUAAAUAAAGUUUAAUUUAGGUUUCCUCCUGUAGUAACCAUGGAUCUAUUGGGAGAACAAUUCAGCACUGAUUUAAUUGACUAAUUACGUUUGAUUUUUCAGGGAGAAUGGAAUGGACAUCAGUUUGUUUAAACGUCUUUCAGAAUGCCAUCCUCACGCGGUGGUACACUUGGAGUAUCAGUAUCGCAUGCAUAAACAUAUCAUGUUGUUAUCCAACGCUCUCAUUUAUGAAAAUCGUUUGAAAUGUGCAACACGGGAAAUUUCGGAGACGUUGUUAGAUUUACCUGACUUGGACACGUUGCGUGCAGAUAUCACGAGAUUGGAAAAACAGCAGCAAGGUAUAGGAGAAUCAGAGAGAGAGAAAGUCAUGAGCAUACUCAUAUAUUUACGAAAAUCCAGUAUACUAAGUCAUGAGCAGUAUAUAUACUUUUUUAAAACCACACUCAUUAUGUUAUUUUCUAGAUCAAUGUACGUGGUUAUUAGAAGUAUUGGAUCCUCAGUUGCCCGUGGUUUUUAUUGAUACGGACUUACUCCCUGCGUCUGAGGUUCGUUCAGGUCGUAAUGUAUAUAAUGAAAGCGAGGCUUCCUUGGUAGCUACCAUCACUCAUGGUUUAAUUAAGUCUGGUGUCGACUGUGAUGAUAUUGGCGUCAUAUCUCCCUACAGACAACAAUUGAAGGUUAUCAAACAACAUUUGAAUGUUGAUCAUGAUGAUGACAAGUGAGUAUAGUUUGUUAAUUUGUGGGGAAAUAUCAAGAUUUUCCCCAAAGGGUUUUUGUAUUGCUGUCGAGCGGAAAGAGGGCCUACAGUUACAUUUUUCGUAAAAAAACGGUUACACACGUAAAAACGCACAAGUUGUAACAAACCUGCAGCUUGUUCACAAGUUGUUGACAACUUGCUACAAGCUUGUUGAGCUCAACAGACUUGUUACAAAUUGUUCCAACAACUUGUUAUCGUCCUGCAAUUCAACAAUUUGUCCACAAGUUGUGAGUGACAACCUUGUAGCAACUUGAUAAAAUAACAGCAUUGUUAUAACUUGUUGACAAGCUUGCUACAAGCCUGUUGCGAACACAUCUUCAUCAAUCUACAAUUAUACUAAAAAUACAGUGUUGACAAGUUGUGAGACGGCGCUUAAAUGUCACCCAUAAACUUGUUCUUUAGGAAUUCUGGUCCACAACUUAACGUGGAGAUCAACACAGUAGACAAAUAUCAAGGUCGUGACAAACUUUGUGUCAUCGUCUCGCUGGUCCGUAGUAACGCGGGCGGACAUGUCGGAGAUCUGCUAAGGGACUGGAGACGAGUCAACGUAGCCGUGACGCGAGCCAAGCGCAAAUUAAUCUUAUUGGGUUCUAGACGGACACUGAAUCAUAAUAUGUUAUUCCAAGAAUUAUUGGCUCUGUUGGAAAGAAAUUCUUGGAUUUAUCCACUACCUGUCUCUGCAUGGCGUGGAUUGUUGCCAUGGUAACUUGUUAGUGAAUUGUUAGGAGAAUUUAAAACAAAUCUUUAGAAUAACAUUCUUGACACAUUUUUCUUGGGGUUGCUUUGACUAUAGCAAUGAAACGCAUUUUUGAUGUACCAUUAUAUAGCAUUACGUUAUUUGAUGAGCUGUACGGCCCAAGAAUUUCAGAUUCAUUAUGACAAUUACAUACCUUUAGAAAUUAUACAAUUAUUUAUUUUCGAAAACGAAUAUUGGGUGUAAAAUACUGUAUAUUUAUCUAAAUAAUAUUAUUUUUACGUUUUGAACAUACUGGUUAAAACAAGCAACAAUUGGUUGCUGCAGAUUUGUUUUGAAUCUGAGUUAAAAAACGAUUAAUAAUUCAUAAAGAAAAGACAUAGGAAAUCACUGGCGUGUUGGUGGUUUUAUAUUUGAUAAAAAAUCAUGUUCAUUUACUUAGACUUUAGCUUUGAUUUUCUCGGCGUAGACAAUGUUUAUUUUUAAAGUUACUUCGCCAAUGAACUCUAUAGAUGGGUCGGUUUUUAAGCCAUUUAAAACACUCGCAUGCUGUGCUUUAUCAGAUAUAAGACAUAAGAGACUCGAGUGUCGCCUCGUGUUUUACAUCUGAUAAAGCACUCCUGUUGGGUGUUUUGAAUAGUGCCUAACCAAUCGAAUGGUUGUUUUAACCAAUAUGUAUUUACAGUUGGGGUAUGUUUGCCUUUUUAAUUAAUAAACUAUUUCGCCCUAUUUUUUCAGUGAAAUAUAAUCUCCUUGUUUCCAACUGCGAAUUAGAAAUAUUAUCUUUUUACAUUUUCUGCAUGAUCAAGUUGCAGCCAAGCGUGCUCGCUUUGUUCUUCGAGGAGGCAAACAUUAUAUAUUCUUAUAUACGCUUCAUGUAUUUGCUUCGUUAUGCUUUAAUAACUCCAUGUUGAAGGUUGAAGAACGCUGCAAGGCGACGAUAUUCUGAUGUGUUUAUUUAGACAAGAUUGAAUUUACAAUUCUAAGGUAAACGAUUUCUUUAUGUAUGUCCGUAUAGCUCUAGUGUAGCGUUUGUAACAAAUAUACAAUUCUGUUAGGCUGCAAGCGCACUAAAACCUCUGACGUGAAUACAAAGCACAGCAGAAUCUAUACACGAGUGAAGCAUGGCUUCAAAUUGAAGUUGUUAACGUUGACACUAUAGUCUAUACCUUGUACCCUUUGUUUUAUUGUUGAUAAACCUGUACAGUCAUAGCACCUUAUCCUUAUAAGUUAUAACAAAUUAAAUCAAGGCUACUGUCAAAGUUUCUGUGGUCAAAGUAGGAAUAUUAAGUCAGUGUCCUCAAAUAUUUCUUACAAAUCCUUCAAAACAUAGAAUUUACCCAUGCAAAAUUCCUACUGUGAUCACAGAAACUUUGAUAGUGCAAGGCAGCGUAUAAAGUGGGAAUCGUAAGAAGGUGUUAUGAUUUCAUAGUUCAAUGAAUUUCAAGCGUGGCUGAAUGAAAACUACAAAUUCCUAUACAAAUAUGAAGUCCGCAUGAUGUUGACAUUGCACUUAUCAUGGUACAUUUUAAACAUUAUACCAUGUGAAUUAUCUCAAACAUUGUGGUCUGUGUUACUGUGUAUCUAAACUAUUAAGGCUGCCGUGGUUUGUGUCUGAGCUAUACCUGAAAAAGAUCUCAAAUGUGAGAAUCAUUCUGAUCAUUGAACCGUUUCAUCGGAUGAAAACCGUUCAGAACUGCAGAGCUAUGCAGCAUACUGAACUUUGUAUUACGAUCAAUCGGCUGUAAAUCUAAAUCUUUGAGUUGAGUACUUGAGUGGCAUGUGUGGCGGCCUGUUUUUUGGGAGAGGAUUUGCAGGCUUGGAGGCUAAAAUGCCACAGGCAAUUUAUCAAGAUUGGAUGAUUACUGAGACUAUAUAUAGUUGCGCCAUUUUAUUGAGCCAUUAGAGUCGCCUGCAUGGGUGCCAUUUCUUACAAAUCCUUCAAAACUUAAAUUUAAAAUGCACAAUUCUUACUGUUGAUCACAGAAACUUUGAUAGUGUAACCCAGCCUUAAGAAAACAGUUAUUUAGUAUGUUGGUAAAUUAUAUGCAAAAGCGGACAAAGACUUAUCAUGCAGUCAGCCAUGAGCAUGUCUCUAACCAAACAAACAAGCUAACUCUCACUGCUUGUUUUACAUCCGAAAACAGCAUUUCAUAUAUUGCUAGACUCUCAGAUUCCCCUAACUCUUUUCUCUAACUACGAUGGAACUUAUGUCUCCAUGUAAGCAGACCGCGUUUUCCAUGCUAAACUAUCGGGUCAUAUUCUAGGCUCCGAUUCCGGCCAGCCGUUGGGCGAGUGCCGAGAACGCAACGGCUGGAAUCUGAGCCUAGUCAUAUUCGUGACUAGUGCGAAUCAUGCGCUAUUUGGUUAUGCUAAUAACCCGGUACCGCACGAUUGAACAAAAGGCUUUCUUUGUGAGCAGUCAGGCAUAACUUAUAGCCGAAGGUUAAUUUUUUCCUCUUGAAAAAACACUCAGUCGAAGUUUUAAUGAAAGCGGACUGGAACGAUACGAGCUGUAUAAAUAAUGCUUCUGAACUAUUUCCAAAGAGGUCUGGUAAAGGAAAUCUAGUAUUGCCAAUAUUGUACCAGUUAUUAAUAGUACCGCAGGAAACUAUCCCUUUUUCGAAAAACAAUCAGUUUCCCGCACGGGAGACUCGCUUUAAAUGAGAAAUGCCUAAUGCUUCCACUGUUCCAGUCCCAGAAACAUACUACGAUUCAACUGCAAUUUAUCCAGAACCACCAGUCCAGAUUCUGAAUUGGCUUGUUAUCAGUGCAACAAAGUAUUCUGUUUACUCCAUGUUAUGUACUAUUUAAAACACGGGCAGAAGUGCUUUAUCAGAUCAAAGCUAAAAGUUUAUGUAAAUUAGCCGGCUUUCUCACGACGACGAAUAUCCGCCAUUUUUGGGUGGCAUCAAAAUCUCGUUGACCAGUGCAGACAAUUAAAACAAUGUGAAAAGCAAUUUUUCAAAAUAAGCUAACCAUUUACGAAGCAAAUUUACCAUCCGAUUCGUCCAAAAAAUUAUAAAAAGUCGCUGUUAUGUGGACUUAUCUCGCAGACUUCGGCUGAAAAGCCACCCAAAAAUGGCGGCGUGAGAAAGGCUCAUUAUUAACAUGAUUUUUUAUCACAUAUAAUUUUAUUUUUAAUUUUCAGGUCAGAUAUUGCAGAGACAUGGGUUUAG